UCCAGACCUCCCUUCUCCUGUCUCUGCGGCGGCGGAUUGAAGCCAACAAACCCUAACCCGAAGCUUCAGAUCUACCUCUACGAAAGAAGAAUACGAUCCAUGGCCUCUUUCACCGAAGCUCCUCCAGGUGAUGCCAAGUCUGGAGAGAAGAUCUUCAAGACCAAGUGCUCGCAGUGCCACACCGUCGAGAAGGGAGCCGGCCACAAGCAAGGACCAAACUUGAAUGGACUUUUUGGGAGACAAUCUGGUACCACUCCCGGUUACUCAUACUCUACUGCCAACAAGAAUAUGGCUGUCAUUUGGGAGGAGUCAACUUUGUAUGAUUACUUGCUGAACCCUAAGAAGUACAUUCCUGGAACUAAGAUGGUUUUCCCUGGUCUGAAGAAGCCUCAGGAGCGCAGUGAUCUCAUCGCAUAUCUCAAAUCAUCCACGGCUUAAUUUAUUGUCUUUUCUUCAUGUGAGCUUAUGGUUUCACCUCUAGAUCUCAGAUAUACUCUGCUUGUAAUUAGCAGCAGAAACUUGAAAAAUUUUCUUGCCCUUGCAAAUUAAUUGCCACUUGGAGGAUUGUUCCUCCAGAUACCUCCCAUUAGUAUUGUACCUGCUAAACUGCUGGUGGAAUAUAAUAAAUACAAACUUGAAUUUUUAUCAA